AUGGGAUGCUCAUCAAGUUCUCAGAGAUAUAAUUCACAAAAAAAUAUAAAUAUUUUAACAAAACCUUUAGAAGAAAAAAACAAGUGCGUAAAAGAUACAAAAGUAAAAAUAGUUUUAUUGGGGGAUAGCGGGGUUGGUAAGUCUAGUAUUGCUUUGUAUCUGUGCCAUGGUCGUUUUUCUGAAAAGCAUCAAGUAACAAUUGGCGCAGCUUUUUUACAUCAUACAGUUGAAUUAAAAAAUGGUGCAAAUAUGAAGCUACAUAUUUGGGACACAGGAGGCCAAGAAAGAUUUCGAUCAAUGGCUCCUUUAUAUUAUCGUGAUGCAUAUGGAGCAAUAGUUGUUUAUGAUUCAAACAAUGUUGAAUCAUUUGACUCUUUAAAAUAUUGGAUAAAUGAAAUAAAAUCAAAAGGAGCACGCAAUUGUUGUAUUGUGGUUGCUGCAAAUAAAAAGGAUUUGCCAAAAAAAAUUAAUUCAGAGAUGGUUAUGAAAUUUUGUGAGGAAGAAAAUGUAUCUUUCAUUGAAUGUUCUGCAAAGACAGGAGAAAAUAUUAAUUCUUUAUUUGAAAAGAUUGCGAGCCGUAUUUAUAUUGCAUUUAAAGAAGUGCUGUUUUACAAUAACUGA